GCAAAGCAAUGUCGGAGAUGUGCUGCGGGCUUUAGCAGGGAGAGAACAGACAUGGAGCCAGGGACGCGUGCGCGUGAGGGAAACGUAGAAAUAAUAUUGACCAACACUUAGCAUACUAACUGCUAGCCGUUAGCUCCUCUGUGAAAUCUUCCCCUGACGGAAACAAAACUCACAGAGGAGCUAAUGGCUAAUAGUUAGCAUGCAAUACUAUCUUUCACCACGAGGGGUCUCGUUCAGGGGGACUCAACGAUCAGAGGUAAUGGAAAAUGAGCGCCGGCCUUCGUUAAUAAAGGUUGUGAUGUAGACACUGACACUCACUGACCAGGGUGUCACCAUGGCAACACCUGACAGUGCGACCUCAGGCACCCUCUGGUCUGUCUUCCUCUUGGUCUCCUUUGACACACGCAACUACACAAAUUCACCAGCAAGGAAAGGAAGAUUUCCUUUGGUCUUUUGUACUGAAAGUCCAAACUGAAGCCAAACAAGGUUCCGCCUCAUGAUGUGACCACGGAACAAGUCAUAGUUAUCAGACACGCACAUUUCUGAGACUUGUAACCGUACACUGGCUUCGGAGAUCUUUAAAUACAUAUUAAAAAAGCUUGUUUACCACGUGGUGUAAACUGAGCCGCGGCCAGUCCCAGUGCGACCAAGUGCCUGAACGGGAGUCGAGCAGCGGACAUUCAGGGACCUUCAAAUCCUUCCCAGACUAAAAAAAUACUGCUGUGCGUCUGUCCCUCGGAGAUCGUGCGUUUGAACUUCGCUUUUACUGGGUUGUCAAAUGCACACUCGUUUUACUCGUUUGUCUUAAAAGAAACAACUGCGGUGAAUGGGGAACAUAAUUUGUAUGCUACCCAAGUUUAGGCAGGAUCUCAAGCAAGCCUGCAGAGGGGUAAAACACCUGCCUCUCUGACUCAGUUAACCUGUAGACACAGCGCGAGCGAGAGUCCCCCGCGUGCCAAAGGCUGCGGCUUUGAUGGGAUAGUUCACGUUCACAGAUCAGCUGAUUCACUGGUCAAAACCGAAAAGUGCCGUCUGCCUUGUUUUCGUUUUUGCUAUUGCAACUUUAAACUCUAAAGCUUCCGCAUGGUACUCUGGUCGAAAGAGCAAGACAAACUAUCCGACAUGUCCACCGGGACGGAGAGGAUAGAGAUGAAGAAGGACAGCGCGCCACCGGCGUACCACCAGUCAAACGGGUCGGUGCACCCCGUCAUACUGCAUAACGAUCCCGAGGAAAGACAGCCGAACGCCGGAGAAUACGAGCUCACAGAGGUGACCUCUUUCUCGGAUCGGACCGACCAGGAAAGCGACCGGUCUGAAAUGGUGGUUAUUGACUGUAGGGUCAAUGCGAAAGGGCAGAGAGAAGAGGACGCCCUCCUCGAGAAUGCCAGCCAAAGUAACGAGAGUGACGACACGAGCACGGACCAAAGCCCGGUGCCGCCGGUUCCACUGAAGGAGACGUCCUUUACUAUCGGACUCCAGGUCGUGUUUCCAUUCCUGCUGGCAGGGUUUGGAACAGUGGCCGCUGGCAUGGUUCUCGACAUAGUUCAACACUGGAAGGUGUUCUCCGAGGUGAACGAGGUCUUCAUCUUGGUGCCUGCUCUCCUGGGUCUUAAAGGGAACCUGGAGAUGACACUGGCCUCCAGACUCUCCACUGCAGCUAAUAUUGGACAGAUGGACACAGCCAAGGAGAUGUGGAAAAUGAUCGUGGGCAACCUCGCACUAAUUCAGGUUCAGGCCACCGUGGUCGGCUUCCUGGCUUCCAUCGCUGCAGUCAUUUUUGGCUGGAUUCCAGAGGGCCAGUUCCGGAUGGGUCACGCAGUCCUUCUCUGUGCCAGCAGUGUCGCCACGGCGUUCAUCGCCUCCUUGCUGCUAGGCCUUAUCAUGAUCGGGGUGAUUGUCGGCUCCAGAAAGGUUGGCAUCAACCCAGACAACGUGGCCACCCCCAUAGCUGCCAGCCUCGGAGACCUGAUUACCCUGGCCCUGCUGGCUGGCAUUAGCACAGGACUCUACCAGGAGCUGGAUUAUAAUGAUUAUGCCAACCCGCUGGUGUGUGUCUUUUUCGUCGCCCUGACACCCAUCUGGAUCCUGAUUGCCCGGCGAAUCCCCUCCACCCGAGAAGUGCUCUACUCAGGGUGGGAGCCUGUCAUCAUCGCCAUGGCAAUCAGCAGUGUUGGAGGGCUCAUCCUGGAUAAAACUGUGUCCAAUCCCAACUUUGCUGGAAUGGCAGUUUUCACCCCUGUUAUCAAUGGAGUGGCAGGUAACUUGGUGGCAGUGCAAGCCAGCCGGAUCUCCACGUACCUGCACAUGAACGGCCUCCCCAUCGCAGAGCCGAGUCCUCCCCAGCAGAAAUGCCCCACGCCGUGCAGCACAUUCUUCGGCUCAGGCAUGAACUCCCGCUCCGCUCGAGUGCUGUUCCUCCUGGUGGCACCUGGUCACCUGGUCUUUCUGUACACCAUCAACUCCAUGCGGGGAGGACACACCACGCUCACCUACAUCUUCAUCGCGUUCUACCUGGCUGCUGCACUUCUCCAGGUCAUGAUCCUACUGUACCUGGCUGACUGGAUGGUCCAGUGGAUGUGGAAGCGAGGUAUGGACCCCGACAACUUCUCCAUCCCCUACCUGACCGCCCUGGGUGACCUGCUGGGGACCGGCUUCCUUGCUUUGUGUUUCCACAUUCUGUGGCUGAUUGGAGACCGCGAUGCAGACGUGGGUGACUGAAUGCUUCCCCGAACAGUCACGGACAACAAGACUCCUCUCUUCAACCAAGACGAGCCUUUAUUUAUAACACCUUGCCGAGUAAUAAUACCUGCAUUAUUAUGGCUAAAGUAGCCACUAUGAUUAUAAUGUUGACUUAUAAUACUAUUGCUGUAGUAUUGGUAUGUAAUGAUUAUUACAUUAUUGCUUAUCUUCUUGUGGGAGAACAAGAAUCCUCAUUAUUUUUCAAUGGGGAUGUUUCACCCCUUUAUGGUCAGUUGUGUUGGCAACAGUUAAAAAAAAGGAUGACUUAAACUUGAAGUUUUCUCAAGCAGCAAAAAGCAGACGCAGAACACUCAGUCACCGAGUGCUCUAUGUACAGAGAUGCAAAUCUGUACGAAGUAAAGCUGCUUUUGAGGCCAGGUGACAUUCUGACAGAAUGUAGCUCAACUGCCUCUGAGAAGCAAUUGAUGGACGUGUGCGGACCACAGCUGAAUUCACUUAGAUAGCCACAAAGGUGCAAGAAGUUUACAGUGCCUCAUUCAUCUCGAAAGAAAGGGAAAAAUGCUAAAGUUUUCCAGCCUACUAGUGCAGCGGUGCGGGUUAGCUACGCACAAACUAAAACGAUCCGAGAAAAUUCCACACGGGUCAUCACGGUUUUCAUUUCUAAAUCCUGGGUCUUGACAUUUUCACAAGGAUACAGCAGAGAUGAUACCUGUGAAAUGUUUCUUCAUUUUCUAAGCCUUCAGGUCUCGUUUCUGAGUUUCUGAGUCUCUAUUAGUAGAGAGAGGCUGUACACAAGAACAUCUUAAAGUACUUUGUCGUUUUGCACGCAGAUCUGUUCGGUUUUCAGAUUGUGCAGUCGUUUACUUGGUUGGCAAGACACUUGCGAGAUAAAAUGGCAUGCCUGUUGUCUCAACUACGUACUUAGCACUCAGUUGCAUAUACAGCAGUUUCACACUAUACCUUGAGGUUGUUGGGUUUCAGAAAGGCUGUGAUGUGCCAUCAUCCUUUGUCGCUGUAAAUUGCUUCCAUGAAUUGCAUAGCUGGUUCAAAAUGAAGGGUCUAAGGCUUGCGUACACCUAGUGACAUACGCUACUGCUCGUGCACACCUGGCGAUAUUUUCCUGCAGUGCAGGUCUAGAGCUGGUCAAAUCAGUGCCUCAGCCGUGGUCAUGGGCUAGUCCUUUGUUCUGAGUCAAGGAUCGUGAUGAGGUGUUGAGUAUGGACUUAGAACACUAUUUUAAUGAGAUGUCAAACAUGUUACUAUCCUUGAGAGCACGCGAUUCAGAACGCUUUGCAUUAUGAGACCUCUUUCUAUGAAACUUUCAUAACCAGACAGAAAGGUUUCUAAUGAUUGUGCUAUUAAGCUUAUUGCAAAAAAAAAAAAAAGGGCUAUUCUGUCAUUUGCAACGCUGCGUAGUAUGUGCUGUGUGAAAAGACUAAAAUGGCUUUCUCAGAGAUGAGCUGGUUUAAAUGUUAG